CUCUCUCUCUCUCCCUCUCUCUCAAUCGCUGGUGGCAUUCCUUGCGGAACGCAUAUGUGGAAAUAUACCACCAAAAGACCAACUCCGAAGCGAUGUACAAAUACCAAUACCAGACGCCAUCUCGGCGCGGGAGAUCAUUGGAAUAUCACGAUACGAGUUUGGAUGUAGAUUGCCUGUCCAGUAUGCUGACCAGGAAAGCUCAGAGACUUCUAUUUUGUAUGUCAGUGGUAGCCGUUUUCAUGCUCGUAGUCUACAUACCUCUCAUGAUCAGACAUGCUCACAGAUCCACCACUCAUAGCGUGUGUGGGAGUAAAGCCGAUUGCGAUCGGAGAAGGGAGAUUGACAGAAGAGAAGCAGUUAGAUCUAAACUGAUGCAACAAUUCGACGUGAAGAAGUUUGACAUAAGAGAAAACGAAACAGACGAGAUUCAUCUUUUUACAAAGAAAUUAUGGCAUUUUCGACGGGCCGAGGCUGAAAGAGUAUACCUUUAUCAGAGAAUAUUAACAUCUGAAUGGACAAUGAACAAAAGAAAUCUACGACGAAUGAGUUACGAGCUUCGGAAUCAUUCAAAUAUUGACGCAGCGGAUUUUGUGAUAUCACAAACCAGUAGCGCAUCGAACUCGACUUUGGAUUAUUAUAUCUUUCCUAAGGCGUUGGUUAAAACCGACAGUUAUUAUCGCUACCACAUGAACGAUGGCCUUUUCGGAAAAUUACCAGAGAUCUCACCAUUCAGGGAAAAGUUAUACGAUAGAUGCAGUGUAGUAGGUAAUAGUGGAAUAUUACUCGACAGCCAGUGCGGUGACGAUAUAGACAAAUCGGAUUUUACAUUUAGAUGCAAUAUAGCUCCCAUUGCACCAUUCAGAAAAGAUGCAGGCUCGAAAAGUAAUCUCACAACCAUGAACCCAAGUAUUUUCCACAAAAGGUUCGGAGAACUCAAAACAACUCAAGAUAUGUACGACUUUCUAGGGAACGUCACAGAAUACAACGGCUACAUCUGGCUACCUUGCUUUGCUGCGUACCAUCUCAACGAGAUAUGCCUCAAAGCAUUCCAUAACUUCAACAUCAGCAGUCCCACCGCCGUGCUCGCCAAUCCAGAUCAUUUCGUGAAGAUUCUGAACUUCUGGCGAGAGCGGAACCACACCAAACUCCUGUCGUCGGGUUUUUACAUCACCCACGUAGCCUUACAGAUGUGCAAGGAGGUCCAUCUCUACGGCUUCUGGCCUUUCCCUGUCAGCGUCAGCGAGGACAAACUCAAGGAACAACCUUGCCACUACUUCAACGAUGAACCCUUCACUCGAUCUCACAACAUGGACGAUGAGUUUCGACUCCUCUUCCAGAUGCACCAGCAUGGCGUACUCAAGAUGCACGUAGGGAAAUGCGGGAGUGACGCAUCCAAAGACCGACGAAAAGGUUCCGAAGAGAUUCUGGAGGUGCCCAAAGAUAGGACGAAAAGUGACGCGUUGUUACGUCAAGAAAUCUUGAGUAAGACGUAAAUGGUGUUCUAGGGUUUGCCGUUUAAAGGACUACCAGCCUUUCUACAAUAAUUUAUGUGGAUGGAAUGGUAUAUAAAUGGUGCAUAUAGUAGGGUAAAUGAUGGUCAGGAGCAGGAAGACUAGACCGAAAGAUUCAUCAGUUUUGCGCCCAAACCCUUCUCACCAAUGAUGGCCGACAACAGAAGAUUCGAAGAAUUUGGUCCCUUCGAUCAGCAGCAUGAGCAUGGGUGGUCUACAUUGCAUCGAAGAACACAUGUUCCUGUUUUAAAAAUAAUUUUUGUUUCUUCACCCACAGUAGGGCAUUUUAUUGCAUAAUAUUGCAUUAUACAUAUGUCUUCAUAACACCAGCUAUUGAUUGAUAGUAACAAUAACUGGAUGCAACAUCGAACAUGGAAAUAAUAAUAAUAGAUAUUAAUAAUAUUUAAUUUUUAUAUAGCGCUUAAUAAAAAUGUCUCUAAGUGCUUUACAAAUAUACUAUUACCCCGGUCAUUGGAUUCAGUGCUUGCCCACUCCCCGGGGAGCAUUCCACCCAGGCGUUACAUGACGCUCAAAAACUGUUUGACCAACAAUGACGGUCGCAUCCUACGGGGUACCCAUUUAACACCUGGGUGGAGAGUAGCAAUUGCAGGUUAAUAUAUGACACUUACUGUGCAUAUUCCACUGACUGUAAACUCACAUCUGUUCAAUAAAAAGAUUGAAAGAGGACCUCAGGUAAGAUGCCAUUACUGUACAUCACAGUGCCAGCCAGCAUCCACCGACCACACUCCAAAACCCAACAAGCCAGAACAAUAGAUCCGGGGGGGGGGGGGAUGUUUCACAAAG